CACAAAAUGUGCGCGUGUCGACAGAAAAAGUCUUCCUUCUUCAUAAAAGAUAUUCUAUGUACAGAUAAGAAAGUUAUUGAUAACGGCGAUACAAGCAAAGAUGGUCACACAAAUACCAAUAUUCGGACGGGAGUCGCGGAGUUAGAUAUUGAACACAGAAGAAACCCAUUUCCUGUGUAUCCCACGCCGAUUAAACCAAAUUAUGGCUGGCCAUACAAAUUGAAGAGCUUUGAAAGACCUGCUGUAUAUAGCGAACCGAUGUUCAAUUCAAACCUCUUGCGCGGUCAGUUAUCUUGGAACAGGUUCGCGACGCCGCGGCCGGCGUCAAUUAGCUUACGACUGCCUUACAACUUUGAAAGAGCGUCAUGCUGCAGUCCUUGGUGGGGUAUGGGAGGAAGAAGAAAAGGGGGGCAAGUGAGAUUUAGCGCUGCGCAAACGGGUGCUCUUGAACGGAGGUUUAGUGCUAGUAAAUACCUGAGUCCUGAUGAGAGAAGAGCAUUGGCUUCAUCGCUAAGACUAAGCGACAGACAAGUUAAAACGUGGUUUCAAAAUCGACGUGCUAAGUGGCGUAGGACCACAUCAGAAUGUUCAGACCCCGGCAGCCCUAGCAGCGCCAAUGAGGAAUCUGAUGAUGAUGUACUCAUUUCUGAUCCUUGACAUCAAGAUUUAUCUUCUUCUUCAGUCACACUCUUCAUUUCUGAAGGUCUUGUUAGUGGAGCUGCACAACUUCGUCCACUCUUCCCUGUCUUCGGCAAGAUUGAAACUAUACUCUAAAGUAUUUGACGAUUCCAUUAGCGACCAAUUCGGUUUUAAAAACUGUUACAUAAUAAGAGUUAUCAGAAUGAGAGAGAGAGAGAGAGAGCAUAGAAUUACAAGAUUAUGUACUUUUAAUUCAGUUAUGUACAGUGGCGGAUUAACGUAUUUUCAAGGUAUAGGCUGUGAAGU